CUUAGACUAAGGGGUCACCCAAACAGCGUUGCGAUUACCCACUAACCACAAGCAGCCCACACCGACCAGACACAAUAUGGGGACACCACCUUAGCUGGCUCACUACCCAGUUUACCAUCCCGACAGAGCUCAUCCCCCCACAUCUAUGGCUACACCACACAGCUUCAAUGUCCCCCACGGGGCACACUCAUGCAAUAAGGACCAUACACUACCCCGCUACACCUCAGCUUCACUACAGUAAUAUACUAACCUAUGGGAAGCACUAUCCCCAACCCUCACACCCCCACCUGGCACCUACCUUCAUGUUACAAGGCCUGAUAGAUCUAACUGACCCAGGCAGGCAGCGGGACAUCCAAUAUCUUUACCCACACACUCUCACAUUCCAUACAACACACCGGCACACGGGUCAUGCCAGCCGGGAGUGCCACUUGACGGUUAAACACCUGGCCCACCAACAGGUGGCAUACUGCCCAGACAAGGAGAAGGCUGACUGUCUCCCUGUCUAACCGCAACAGCCUACCGUGGAAGUACGAACCCACAGUUAAGGCUGCAGCAGCCUAGUAAUUUUAUUACAGUUUCAUCCCGUUGAAUUAGCUUUAAUGUAUUUGAUUGUCACUUCACCGCCCUGCCAAACAGGCUGACAAUUGUUGUGAGUAUCACUACCCAGCAGUAACUCUCGCUGCCUAGUCUCAUAAAACAGUCCUCACUACAUAAUUGUCAUACCCUUCUGACAGGCGGUGUUUGUUUGUUGGCAGAAGUUUUAAUUUUU